AUGGAAAAUCAGAAAGUCUCUGGACUCUUAAAAGAGGGUUUUAUGGUGACGAAACCCAGGGAGUGCAAGGGUGUUAUUGGGAAUAAUCUGGGAAGAGAAGGCUUGUUGGAUUCUGUAACGAUCUGUAACGAAUUUAACGAUACUCGUACGUUAAUUUUGGAAGGAAACUUAGAGAUUGGCCAGAAAAAUGAGGUUUGUAUAGAGAAUGUUGUUAGCAGGGAGGCUGUGGAUCAAGGCGAUGACAUGUUGCGGUUGCACAAGUCUCAUUUGCCGACAAAGACUGGAGUUUCUGAUAAAGGUAUUAAUUUAUUUGUGCAACUUUUGUGUUCCCAAGAUGGAAAUUAUAAAGGCCACAACAAUGUGAACAACUCGGGGGAACACGUGGUGAGAGAUUACUUAUUGGAUCAAGAUGUUGAAAAUGCGAGUGCGAAGAUUGAAGGAGACAAUGUUGGAAAGCAAGAACACAAGUUCGGUAUGGGCGAUAUGGUAUGGGUUAAAACUCCAAAUCAGUUAUGGUGGCCAGGGAUGAUACGUGAUCCUUCAAUUGCUGCAAAGAAUACAGAACAAUAUGAAGGAACUGGCAAUUUCUUGGUUAAAUAUUUUGGCAAUGUUAAUUCUCUUUGGUGCUCCUGUUCUAGCUUGAAGCCUUUUCUUGAGUACUUUGAUCAGAUGUCAAAGCAAAACAACUCAAGUAUCUUUCUUGGUUCGAUAGAGAAGGCUUUAAGUGAGAUUGGACGGCGUGUAAAGACAGAGAUGACUUGUCCAUGCUUCUUGAAGGAAAGUCAAAAACUUGACACACAAUCUUCGGCCGAAUCUCGGGAUGUGAAUUCAAUGUCAGAGGAGGAUAAAAUGGGGAAUACUGAUGCCCUUUCAUUGUCACAGUUCGAACCCUCAAGUUUUCUUGCACGUGUUAGAAAUCUUGGCCGAGUUGGUUUCUUGCCUGGUAAAAUUGAGUUGACCAUCAUCAAGAACCGUCUUUCAGCCUUCUAUAGUUCUGUCGGGCAUUGCCAGUUGCCCAUGUUGCAACUUCGGCCACCAAUUGGUGAUACUUCGCUGAUUGAUCAAGACUCGUUGACAAGGCUGCUGAUGGAUAACAACCAUAAUAAUCCUUCUGAAGGCAAUAGAAAGUUUGUACUAAAUGGCAGUGAUGAUUUUACACUGUCCAAGUUGGCGAAUGGGAAUCGCAGUGAUGAUGCUGAAGCUGUUCUUGGCAUCAAAUCAACUUUGUCUGGUAAAGGUCAUGAAUCAAGAGAACGGAAGAAGAGCAAGUAUUUAUCCUAUCCUUAUGUGGACGUGAAUCAGGGGAUGAAAACUGUGGCAGAAAAUGGGACAGAAGGUCCGAAGCAAAUCACUCCAUCGAGUGACAAGAAAACACAGAAAAAAGCUUCGAGUAAACCUUUCAAGGGGACUCAUAAAAUCAGUAAAUUGGACGAUGUUAAGGCAUCGCCAGCUCAUUUGCUAGCUGAACUCCGUUCGACAGCUCUUGAUAGUUUCUAUCUCAAAAAAGGCGAACAUUUUGAUUCACUGAAGAGAUUUUAUUGUAGUUUCAGACAAUUUACAUUUUUAGACCAUGAAAAACUCCAAAACUGUCCAGAAGCUGAUAUUUUUCCGAGGAAGGCUAAAAGGAAGAAUCUAGGAGUAAAGUCGGCAGGUGUGAAGGCUACCGAUAAUUCUUUGGGCACUAGCAUGAACAAUAAUACAAAAAACUUGUCUGUGAUUGGCAGCCAAGAGAUGGGAUUUGAUGUGCCAAUAAAGGUAAUAACUUCAAAGAAGACAAAGACAGCAGGAGCAACACCAGAACUUCCUCAGGUUAACAAUAUUUCUUUUGGGAUGAGCACAAAUGAUAUUACAAAUAACUCGUCCGAGAUUGGAGGCCAAGAGACGGGUUCUGAUGUGCCGAGUAAGGAAAAAACUUCCAAGAAGAGAAAGAAGGUUGGAUCUACACCAGAAAUUCCUCAGGUUAACAUGAUUGAUGAGUUACUGGAUUUGAAUGGAAACAACCCAAUCUUCUCAUUGGAAAAAGUGCCUUUUAGUGGAACUUCUACUCCUAAAGGUAAACUUGUCCCAAAGCGGAAGAAGGAAGGAUUAGCUGCACCAAAUGAAAAUGCUGUUGACUUGAUGGAUGCAAACAUAAUCAGCUUUAAAACUUCCCCGGGGUUGGAAGAUGUGCAAAUAACCAUCCAAAGUAAUUCGCGGCUGAACAAUGGGGCAGGUGUAAAAGAUGGUGCUAAAUUUACGAGUGCAGAAUCUACAGCUCGGAAAUCAGAAGUGAAUAUGAAAAAUGCUGGCCUUGGCUCUUCAGUGCAAACUUCACUUCCUGUGGGUCCUUUACAGUCUGAUUCGCAGGCUGAGGGCAAGAAAAGGAAAGGAAAGGUGAGUACUGGUCCAGUUGCUUCUCUUAUACUGGAUUUGAAUGGAGAUGCGUCAGAACCUGGCUCACUGGGGAAGUAUACGUCUGAGUUAAUUGCUGUAUCACCUGAUGGUGGUAAACCUGAGCCAAAGAAGAGGCGGAGAAAUAAAUCUGAUGUAUCAGGUUCAAAUGUGAAUACUAAUAAAAUGUCCAAAAAAGAAGAAGAUUUAGGUGCCAUUCUGUUCUUAAACUUUGCUCCAGGAUUCCCUCCGCCUUCUGAAGAAACAUUAAUCCAAAUAUUCUCCAGAUUUGGUUUGGUGAAGAAAUCAGAAACCUGGGUUAGAAACGACUCAACGGCCCAGAUUGCCUAUGAUAGAAAGUCGGAUGGUGGAUUUGCUUGUCGAAGCUUGGAGAAAAGCAAUCCCUUGGGAGCAUCACUUGCCAGUUACAACAUCAUCUUUCCAGGCAUUUCACAAACUGUUGAAGAACAAAACAGCAUGCAAAACCCGCGUCCCUCUGCUCCCGCAAAAGCAUGCAAGAUUUUGGCCAAGCGUCCCGAGGCACCUAAUCUUAUAGCCAUGAGGAGAAAUGUCGAGAUGAUGCAGUCGGUUCUUGAAAAGGAAGGCGAUACUCUUUCACCAGAGACGAGAACCAAAUUGGAGAACGAGAUAAGAGGGUUUCUGAAAAAAAUAAGUAUCAUGGUCGGCUGCUCUUCGUCUUAG